GGUAUAGUCGUGGUUCGGUGGUUUAUUUACUAAAUUGCUAAAAUGAAAUUGAUAAUUCUUGCAUUGGCUGUUGCUGGAGUGUCUUGUGCACCUCAAUCACUUGACCAGUCCAAAGAGCCUGUACCCAUUGUGAGAUAUGAAAAUGAAGGGGUGAAUCACGACGGAUCUUACUCUUGGAAUUUCGAAACGGGAAACAACAUUAUAGCCCAAGAGCAAGGACAAUUCAAACCCGGCGACAAGCCCGAUGAAGGGGAAUUGGACGUGAGGGGUUCCUAUGAAUACACCGAUCCCGAAGGAAAGAAAGUCCAGAUCACUUACAUAGCGAAUAAGGACGGUUUUCAACCGCAAGGCGAUGUACUUCCCACACCUCCUCCCAUCCCGCCGGCAAUUCAGAGACUCCUGGAGUGGUUGGAGGCUCAUCCAGAGGAGAACCAGGAGAACGACGUUAGCAAAUAAUGAGUAUGGACGUUGAAUGUAUGGCAGUUUUUGUAUAUAAGUUGUAAAUAAUUUUUUUAUACCUACUUACUGUGUAUUUUAUGAAGUUUUCAAAUUAAAUAAAAAUUAACAAUAAGUGA